UUAUUUUUAGGGCGUCACGUCAUUGUCGGGCACGCCAUUGUUGUUCAAGCACGCGAUCGCGCGCUGGUGGAUCGUAAGUGCUAGAUAGCCUAGAUCUUAAGAUUGUAGCGGCCCGGCCGCGGCUGGGGAGUAAGGAGAGGAUUUUUGGGCGCUAGGGGUUUUCGGGGAUCAUGAGCUAUCAGGACAUAGAAUCCAAUGAAGGGCCUUCGCCGAGCAAGCAACAGCGGGCUACGUCGCUGCUGUCGAGCGGCGUUUUCCAAAUCAACACAAGAGUGUCCGCCUUCAAGAAGCUCGUCAAUAAUUUGGGAACUCCCAAAGACACGGUUGAAGGACGCAAGCAGCUUCACAAAUUGCGGCAACAGAUUGGGAACAUGGUGAAGGACACCUCGAACGCGUUGAAGGAAGCAAGCAAAAUCGACCACAGUGUUCCAGGAAGUGCCAGCAAGAAAUACGAAGAUGCAAAGCUUGCAAGAGAUUUCCAGGCGGUUCUGCAGGACUUUCAAGCAGUCCAGAAGAAAGCUGCCGAAUGGGAAGCAGCGUAUACACCGUUCGUCCCUGAAGCCGUUCUUCCUUCGAGUUACACAGCCGGUGAGCUAAACCUUACUUCACAGGAGAGUCGAGAGGAUCGAGCUAUGCUAGUCGAGCAAAGACGGCAAGAUGUCUUGCGUCUGGAGAACGAAGUCAUGUUCAAUGAAGCCAUCAUCGAGGAGCGAGAAGAAAGCAUAAGAGAGAUCCAAAAUCAAAUAGGAGAAGUGCAUGAGAUUUUUUCCGACCUGGCUGUUUUGGUGCGAGAGCAAGGCAACAUUAUAGGUGAGGUCGAGACAAAUGUGGAUAGCUCCGAAGCUCUAACUCGCGAUGCGAGGCGGCACUUGUCAAGAGCCGAGGAGAGUCAAAAGUCCGGAACAUCUCUGACUUGUUUGUUGGUCUUCCUCUUUGGCGUCUUACUCUUGGUGAUCCUCAUAGUGUUUGUAGCUUAAAGGGUGUUCUCUGGUUUGUUUUCCAGCGUUUCUCUAUCAGAGCCAGCGAUGUGGUGGACAAAUGUGUACAGUAUUCUUUGCUGUGAAUAAUCAGCGCGAGCGAUCCACCGAGA